AUGCAGGAGAAGGAGGAGGAGUCCUCCUCCUUCUCCAUGACGUCGAAGGAGAAGGAGGAAGCGCUUCGCAAGGCUGCAGAAGACGGCAAGUUGGCGGACGUCCAAUCCUAUCUCGACAACGGCGUCAACGUCAACUGCUUCCACCAUGGUCGGACUCCAUUGCACGAUGCUGCUCGCUGUGGUUACUUGGAGAUCGUCCGCCUUUUGCUGGAGAAGGGCGCGGCCAUCGACGUCAAAGCCAUCAAUGGUGGGACACCAUUGCACGGGGCUGCUCUCCACGGUCAAUUGGAGAUUGUCCGUUUUUUGCUUGCGAAGGGCGCGGCCAUUGACGUCAAAAGCAAGAAUGGUGAAACACCAUUGCACUACGCUGCUGAGGAAGGUGAAUUGGAGACCGUCCGCCUUUUGCUUGAGAAAGGCGCGGCCAUCGACGUCAAAACCAAGAAAGGCAAGACGCCGCUCAUGGUCGCAGAAAGAGAAGGUCAUGACAACGUCAUCGCGCUUUUGCAAGACUCUCUUCGCAACCCAGGAAAUAUGCUCUUUAAAGCCCUCGACGAGAAACGCUUUGCCGAUGCAGCGAGAAUCCUUGCGCAAGAGACCAUGGAUCCCAACCUCAGCGACCGCAACGGCUCGUCCUUGGUGCUGCUCGUUCUCGAGACGCAAGACCUACCGUUGCUCCAAACGCUCUUGAAAAAGCCCAACCUCCAGAUCGACAUCAACGACGAGACGACUCGGGCACUUGUUCAAAACUCCUGCGUGGUCAAGACCCUCUUUCUUCAAGCAACCUCUGCCAACGACGCGAGCAUCGUGGAUCGUCUCUUGUCGCUUGGCAUCAACCCAACACUUUCGAACGAGAAGGGAGAGACCGCGCUGCAAUUGGCGGCGGCGAGCGGCCACGCCGCCGUCGUCACAACACUCCUCGCCAAACUUCUACCUGCGUCGACUGCAACCGACGACAACAACUUGUCGUACAAAGCUCUGACGGCGGCUCGCACAGAGUUACUGGCAGCGCAAACCCAUCUCCUCCUGCGCAAUACGAACCGCAAAACAGCAUUGGACUUGGCCUCGGGCGACGUUCUCGAGCAGUUGUUGGCUGGUAAACAGGCCAUCCAGACCGAGCGCACUCGCCUCGAACAUGCAAUGCAAAGCAAGAAAGACGCGCUGUCGACGGCCAUCUCGGCGCAUAACUGGGCGACCGCGACUGAGCUUUUACGCGAAGGCGUUCCCAUCCAGACCGAACUUGACCAAGAAUCCAUCGUGGCCGCCGUCACUGGAAAAAACAACGAGGAGCUUCUGCUUGCUCUUCUGUCGAUGGCCGUGGAGAACGACAACGUGAGCCUACUGCGAUCGGCGCUCCAAGUCUCGAUGUUUCGUCACGAGAUGUGCCAAAAGGUACUGGUGGACGCGGUUGCGCGCGACAAGGUGCAUGUCGUGCUGGACCUGUUGCGCUCGUUUCCAGACGCCGUGCAAGGCACAUCGGACAGUGGGCCGUCGCCACUGCACAUCGCUGCGAAAAGCGGGUCGUUGGCGCUGCUGGGCAUGCUACUGGCCAGUCCGAGUACCGAUAUCGACGCUAUCAACGAGGACGGCGACACGGCGCUUGCGAUGACAGUCGCCAACAACCACGUCGAAGCAACGUCGCUGCUCGUGCGCGCUGGCGCCAACGUCUCGAUGCUGUUGCCGAAUGGCUCCUCGGUGCUUCACGCUGCCGUGCUCUCUCGGGCCACGAACAGUGCUGACAUGCUCCAGAUCUUGUUGACGUCGCCAAGCAUUACGAUCGACCAAACCGACCAGGAGGGGUAUACGGCGCUUGCUCGGGCCGUCCUCGCCCAGCGUGCCGACCUUGUGGAGCAACUCGUACAUGCCGGUGCGGAUGCCACGCUGCGGUUCCAGGAUGGACAAAACUUGUCCAUUGUGGCGGCAGCCGCCCGCCGUCGCGACCAAGGCAUUGCCAUGUGCCUCAACGACCACGUGUAUCCGGAAGCGGCCCGGAUCUCGAAGGCCGACGUCACACCGGUCGAGAAACCUUUGGGCAACGGCACUGGCGAAACAUUGCGCGGCAUGGUGCGCGAGGCCAAGGCGAUGCGAGAAGAGAUCGACAACACGGAGGCGUGUCGGUCGCCGCACGUCGUGGCGAUUUUGGCUGCUGUCGACUAUGCGUCCACAGACCCGCAGAUGGUGCUCGAGUUCAUGGACCAAGGCGACGUCUUCCAGUACCACGUCAACAAGGGCAAGGGCAAGCAUGUGGAAAUUGAGAUCACGCCAAUGCAAGUGGCGUGGUCAACUGCGAACGCACUCGACGUCAUCCACAGCCUCGGCAAGGUGCACCGCGACGUCAAGAGCAUGAACAUCUUCAUCUCGUCCAUCCAUGGCGUCAAGCUCGGCGACUUUGGCACGGCCCGGGCCGUGGAGCCCAACAUGACGAUCGACGCUGGCACGCAGCGCUGGACGGCCCCCGAAGUGCUUCGCGCCUCGUCGACUGGUACCGACGAAGUACAAGCGUAUGGGACGGCGGCCGACAUUUACUCGUUUGGCAUCGUCUUGUCCGAGUUGGCGACAGACAACGAGCCGUACGACACGCUUCUAGACGACAGAAACCUCGUGCAGAAGAUUCGCGACAACGGUCUGCGUCCAGAUCUCGGCCAAGACUGCCCGCGCUGGCUCCGGAAGCUCGCGACGGCCUGCUGGGCGCCUGAGCCAUCGACGCGCCCGACGGCCAAGCAGAUUGUCAAGUACCUCGCCAAGCGCCUUGACGAGCCCGAGGUCGAUGACGCGUUUGAUGAUGAUGACGACGACCUCACGCCCGACCCCCUCGACCGCCCACCGACGACGCCGACGGGUAAGCUCGAGUCGAUCAACGAAGAGCCGUAG